UCCCGCCAACACUCAUCAAGAGUAUUUAUUAGGCGUAACGAGAGACUGAACUUCAGAUUGAAAAAGAAACUCUUGUGAGAUUUGUAUCAAGUGCGCAACAUAUCGAUAAAAUGAAUACUUUAUUUUUCAUUACUCUUGCGUUCGCGUGCGUCUACGGUGCGCCUUCAGGGAAUGAAAUCAUUUGUCAACCAGGAAGUCAGUCCACAUUGGAUUGCAACACGUGUAUUUGCUCGGCUGAUGGAACUAAAUUCUCAUGCACAACAAUGAAGUGUUCUACAACGAAAUAUUUCAACGAGGACGGAACGUUGAAGAAGCCCGGCGACGUCGCGCACAACCCACUGCUUAGAAAUAAAAGGGAUAAGCAAGUAUGCACACCAGGCAGCAGUUUCAAUGUCGACUGCAACAAAUGCACGUGUGCAGCUGACGGAAGCGCAGCCGCUUGUACUAGAAGGUUGUGCCUUAAGAAGAGAGAAAUUACCCCUGAAGUUGAAACACACGUACGAUCCACAAAAUCUUGGGGACCUGCCUACAUUCAAGGAACAUCCUGUACUCCAGGAGAACAAUUUUCCAGUGAAUGUAACACGUGUGUAUGUGAUCCUGAUGGACAGUCUGCAGGGUGCACGCUGAUGCUUUGUGUAUAAACAAUAUCGCACACUUAAGCUUCCAUGUAUCUUUAAAUGUUAAUUUUUUAAUUUUCAAAAAUCAUAAAAUUAAACAUCGUAUCUAAAAGUGGUGUAGCAACAAUGUCUUGCAUAAAGCAAGUAUUCAGAAAACACGUCUAUUGCAUUUGUUAAUAUGAUACGUAAUUGAUAUAUAAAAACAUAGAAUUAAUGUAGUUGACAUAUAACUCUUAAAAGAUAUUAUUUCUAUGUACAUCUUUGUACGCGUAUAUCAUACAUAUAUGUAUACAUGUAUGAGAAACUGUCAUAGAUGACCAUUGUACAGCUUCGUAACAUAAAUUUUGGAAACCA